AUGAAUGGGUACUUGAAUGAAUCCAACUUCAUGAUGGUGGAGGAGGGUUUCACCACCAGAGACCUCCUGGAGAACCUGCUGGUGGAGCUGUGCCCGGCGGUAAGGAGUGACCAACAAGCCUUCUUCGUGGCAGACCUUGGGGACAUUGUGAAGAAACACCUGCGUUUCCUGAAGGCCUUGCCCCGUGUCAAACCCUACUUCCCGGUUAAGUGCAACGGCAGUGAGGGGGUGAUGCGGCUGCUGGCUGAGCUGGGGACAGGCUUUGCCUGUACCACCAAGGCAGAGAUCUCCCGGGUUCAGAGCAUCGGUGUCCCAGCUGACAAGAUCUUCUACAGCAGCCCCUGCAAGCAGGUUGCCCACAUCAAAUACGCACCCAGCCACGGCGUGCGGCUGAUGACCUUCGACAAUGAGGUGGAGCUGAGCAAGGUGGCCAGGAGCCACCCUCAUGCCAGGAUGUUGUUGGGUAUUGCUGCUGACUCCAGCCCUUCUGCCCAUCUGAGCAUGACGUUUGGGACCACGCUCAAGUCCUGCCGGCGCCUACUAGAGACAGCGAAGGAGCAGGAUGUGGAGGUUGUUGGUGUCAGCUUUCACCUUGGGAGCCACGGCCCAGAGCCUCAGGCUUUCGCUCAGGCUGUGGCUGCAGCACAGCUGGCCUUUGAGAUGGGCACAGAGCUGGGCUACCAAAUGUACCUCCUGGACAUCGGAGGAGGAUUCCCCGGCACUGAGGACACCAGAGCCCGGUUUGAAGAGGUCGCUGCUGUGAUCAACUCUGCCUUGGACCUGUAUUUCCCAGACGGCUGCGGGGUGGAGAUCAUGGCGACACCAGGACGAUACUAUGUCACCUCUGCCUUCACCUUUGCUUCCAGCAUCACUGCCAGGGAAGAGCUUCCCUUGGAGCAGCCUGGCUCUGAGGAAGAAGAGUCUGAUGGCAAGAAGAGCCUCGUGUAUCACCUCAGCGAUGGCAUCUACAGCACCUUCAGCUGCCUCCUGUUUGACAGCCCCUGCCCCAAACCUCAACUGCACAAGAGACCCUGCCCGGAGCGCCCCUCGCACAGCAGCAGCCUCCGGGGCCCCCCAGAACACACCGAGGACCACAUUGCUGAGGGCCUGGAGCUGCCUGAGCUGCAGGUGGGGGACUGGCUGAUUUUUGAGGACAUGGGUGCCUACACCAUGGCCACCUCCUCCCUGCUCGGAGGGCGUCCUCGUCCACGGAUCACCUACGCCAUGUCCCGUCUGGCCUGGUAA